AUGUCGGUCAGUCCUAGCCUGGGGCCAAGCCCCACGCAGGUGCCCACCGUGCCUGCUGGCGACUUGGCGGAGAUCCACAACUGGAGCGAGCUGCUCUACUACUUUAACUACACCAUGGCCAACUGCCAUACGGAGCUCAACGAGAGCACCAAGCGUGUGGUCCUCUUUGUCCUCUACCUGGCCAUAUUCGUGGUUGGGCUGGUGGAGAACCUGCUGGUGAUAUUCGUCAACUGGCGCUCCUCCGGCCGGGCCGGGCUGCUGAACCUCUACCUGCUCAACAUGGCUGUCGCAGACCUGGGCGUCGUGCUGUCCCUGCCCGUGUGGAUGCUGGAGGUCACACUGGAUUACACCUGGCUCUGGGGCAGCUUCUCCUGCCGCUUCACUCACUACUUCUACUUCGUCAACAUGUACAGCAGCAUCUUCUUCCUGGUGUGCCUCAGCAUUGACCGCUAUGUCACCCUCACCAAAGCCUCACCCUCCUGGCAGCGCCACCAGCACCAAGCGCGACGGGCCAUAUGUGCAGGUGUCUGGGUCCUCUCAGCCAUCAUCCCACUGCCUGAGGUAGUCCAUAUCGAGCUGGUGGAGAGCACUGAGCCCAUAUGCCUGUUUAUGGCACCCUUUGAGAGCUACAGCGUAUGGGCGAUGAUACUGUCUCUGUUAACCACCAUCGUGGGCUUUCUGGUCCCCUUCCCUCUGAUUGUUGUCUUCAAUGUGCUCACGGCCUGCCGGCUCCGGCGGGCAGGGAAGCUCGAGAGCCGGCGCCACUGUCUCCUGGUGUGUGCCUAUAUAGCCGUCUUCGCCAUCUCUUGGCUGCCCUACCAUAUGACCCAGCUGCUGCUCACACUGGACGGGGACCAAAUCGCCCUCCACUGCUACACAAUCCACAUGCUCUACUUCUUCUAUGACGUGAUCGACUGCUUCUCCAUGAUUCACUGUGUCAUCAACCCCAUCCUUUACAACUUUCUCAGCCCAAGCUUCCGGAGCCGGCUACUGAGUGUGGUGGUCCAUUACCUUCCCAAGGACCAGGCCAGGGCGGGUGAUCAGGCUUCCUCCUGCUCCACUCAGCAUUCUAUCGUCAUUACCAAGGAGGGUGUGUCCCCAGCUUCUGGGACCCCCACGCCACCCUCUGCCAGGCCUGAACUCUGA